CGUUGAAGAGAUUCGUGGGAUUCGAACCUUCGUCAACAAACAUGUCUUUUCCAGACAUACACUGCUGUUCCAUGUUAACAGCAGAGAAUUUAGAAUUAAAGAAGAAAUACAACAGAUUAAAACAACAAAAAGAAAAAAUACAAAAUCAUCUAGAUGUUAUUUUAGAACAACAGAAAGUAGAAAAACUGUUGAAGAAUUUUGUUACAACCAGAAAUGUAUAUGUUCAAACGGAGACACCUGGUUGGUUAAAAUCUGCAUCUCAUCGUCAACAACCAAUUAAAACACCUGUUACAACUGAUAGAGUUUAUCAAGAAUCAGAACAAAUGACCAAAGUAUUAUCCAUGCAGAAUCAAUUGAUGAAAAGAUAUGAAAAAGAAGUCAAACAGAAUAUGGAACAUCUAGAAACAAUCACAAACUUAAAUGGUAAAAUAGCUCAGUUAGAAUCCAAGGUACAGAAAGGUGAAGAAGAAUUAUUCAGUAUGAAAAGAGAAUUAUUUAAAGUUAAAGGCCCUACAGGAAGUGGUGCUAGUCUUAAAGAUGUUACUAGAGAGAAAAUAAAAUUAAAGAAAGAAAAUAAGAAACUACGUACAGAACUUGAUGGCUUAGACAAGGGAUUUUUCGAUGAAGUGGAAGAUAUCAAAUAUGCACUACAACAAUCUGCUAAACUAAAUCAAGAAUAUGAUAAAUUGUUACGCAAAAUGUGUAAAAAAUAUGGCGUACCAUUUCCUAAACUAGAAAAAAUUCUAGAUGUGGGUACUGGCAGCUGAUGUUUAAAAUUCAAUUUUUAAACAGUGAUUGAACAAUUUAUUUCAAGAGACAAUUUCUUAAGUUUUAGAGGCAUUUUACACCAGCUACUGUGGUACAUGAACGUAAUCUGCUAAAACUGCUCAUCAUCAUUUCAUGUAUUUUGGAUCCCUUGCAAUCUACAGCAUUGUUAAAGUUGAAUCUUUAAAAGGAAUAUUGGUCUCAAAAUGUUUCAGUUCUGUACUGCAUUUGCACGGGUGAGAAGAACAGAAAAUUUGGCAUUCUCUACACACAAUAUUUAUAAGCCCAUGUUGGGUAAAAUCUAUUUAUAUAGGACUAUUUUUAAUAUGAUUGAAUUCAAGAUAGGAUAUUAUCUACUGGUAGAUACUUUGAUUUGUUUUGUUAAUUAAAUGUUUAAUAAUCAAUUUGUGUUAUGUACUAUAAGAGUUGAUAGUACUGCCUUUGACAUAUUUAUGGAUAAUCUUGACCAGAAACUAGAAGAACAACAAAAAUUCAUAACAAAUAAAGUCUUUAAUAAACAUGAUUUUAAUUCAAAGUAUGACAUACAAAUGCUUAAAGGAGCUGUCCCAGAUAUCCCACAAGUGUCUGGAUAGUCAUGUCUGUACACAUGCAUAAGUUAUUGUAGUAGGUGACUCUCGAGAUCACCAUGCCACUCAUACAAAAGAAAAGUGGAAUUCCUUAAAUGAGUUACGUUACUUUGGCAUUAAAUUGUAUAUCGUUACUUAAUUCCACAUUUAUCAAUGGAUACCUUGUGGAACCAGGGACUACCCAGCUCUUUUAAACAUCCAAUGGUUAAAUAACAAAUUAAGUUAUACAUAAUAUCAGAAAAUAAAAAAUAGUAAUGAUGAAAGCACUAAUAAAUAUCAAGAUGUAUAAUAUCAAUUUUACAGGUUAAUGGAGUUUCAUUUUAUAAAAUAUGUCACAAUGGAAUGUCUUAUAUUAUGGCUUUAAUUGAAGUCUUUUAAUUCUGGUAAUAAAAAUAUGUCACAUGAUCACUUUGUGUCUCCGCACAUAAUAGAAUCCUUGAUUAAUGGAAUCUGAUAAAGUGUAGGCAGAAACUCUGCUGUCUGGGCAAAAUUCUCCUCCUUAGGCAAG